AUGACAAAAUCUGAUUUACAUGAAUUACCUUCAGCAAAUUUUAUUAAAGCGUUGACUGGUAUACACACGGAAAAAAAUGAUCAUAAGGAUCAUCCAUUAUUUUUCCAUAAGCAUUGUUAUGAUUUGAAUUACUGGUUAUAUAAUGAAGUAACUACACAGUUUGGUGAUCAUAAGACAAAAAAAUAUAUAUAUCAUUUUUUUGAAAAAAUUCAAAAACAGUGGAAUGAUAUUGACAGAAACGGAGAAUCUAAUAAAAAUGGUAAAAUAUGUAAUCCCGAAUCCGAACAUUUUAAAACAGAAUUAUUCAAAUAUAUCAAAAAAUUACUUGAUUACCUUGAAAAUUUUGAAACAUUUAAAAAUGAAAUGGAAACAAAGAAGACAGAAAUAAAGGAGACAAAACCAUAUAAAUAUUGUGACAAUAUUAAAGAAUGUGUUCCAUUAUAUUUUACGUUUAAAAAAUUAUGUGAACUAAUAAAAAAUGACAUAUGCACAAAAUAUGUACAAAAUUAUGAUA